UUAACAGUUGCCGUUUCGAUAAGAAAUGUAGAAAUCUUUCAUUGUGUAAUGUUCUCUGUUUGCUGGCUAAAGGUUUUAGGAAUACUUGAGAAUGUGGCAAGCAGCGCAAUUGAUAUUGUUUGCGCUUGUAUUGGAUCAGGGGCAGUCAGCAAUUGACGAUGUGUUCCGACAAGUAACGGAGAAAAAUGACGGUAAAAUACACGAAGACUGGUGUCGGUAUAAAAUGAAGGGCAGCAACAGAACGCUGGUGAAGCUGCAUUACGAUAUGGUGAUAGACGAAAGAACAUACAAGAAUCGUUUCAGAAAGGAUUUCAAGCACAAGGGUGUUUCCUGCGAGACACAUAGCGUUGUUAGUCAGACUGCAAAUCGUCGAAAAAGAAUCGCAUCGAGCAGCGAGGAGGAUCGCUGGCCCCUCGAAAUACCGUAUCAGAUAGACGAAGGAUUUGAACGAUCCCAUAUAUGA